GAACUAUGAACACUGGUUACGCAUAAAUCUACCACAAUCAAUACGCACAAAGGCCGGUUAGCAUGUGGCUCAGUAUUGUUCGGUUAAUUCAUUGUUUCCUCAUAUUAUAAUUAUUAAUUUUUGGUCAUUUGAAACAUACUGGACGUGAACAACUUCAUGCUUUGGUCAACAUAUCCUACAAAAAGCAUAAGGAACGUCUGAGGUGCAGAAACACCAAGUGUAAAGUUACCGCCAGUCACGUGACCUCACAUAGGGAGUUUCAACCGUUCGCCUCGCCUCGCCUCGCCUCGCCUUGUUCCUACAGUCUGAGCAGCGGAACGAACAUUUACCAUCCACUGAACAGCAGCUGGCAGGUAUCUAGAACUGGGCUACGUUAAUCUUGAAUCAUGGGAAAUUCAGACAGCCAGCCCCCUAUCCCACCUGGAUCAACUGUGACGAUGUGGCCCUCUCAGAUUCUCUUCACGCACGAUAGUAUCAGUCCGAACUUUCAAGACGGCCGAUGUUUGACGGAAACAUACGAUGAUAUCGUAUACAAACGACUCGACCCGUCCACAAGGUCUAUCCACCCCCUGGUGGUGACCUAUCACAACGGAAAGUGGUGGGUUAUUCGCGGUAAUAGACGUCUGUACCUGUACAAGGAUCUAGAGAAGCGACGAUUCGUCAGAGAGGUGCUGGUAACAACGGAACUGUUUGACGAGGCUUUGUACAACAGACAGUUCUCCUCGAGGACACAUGGAGCCUCCGCAAGAGUGAGAGGUGCCCCGAACUUUGACAGAGAACUGGAUCGAAUUAUACAAAAAUGGAACCGGGAAAAUGGCGGUUGUGCCAUUAUGUAAACGUUCCGGCCACUUUGGGGAUCACGCAUUGUUUACCACGGGUUCCAGACAUUGGAUGAUUAACAUCAAAGGUCUUUAUGGACGGAAUCAAAUCUACAUUUGACUGAUUAUUGUGGUAUUAAAAAUUAUGUUCAAUAAAAAUUAGGUCUUCAAUUAUGAAGACCUUGAAAGUAAACCUAGUUGAACGUGCUAUAUCAAAUAAUACACCUCAAACAAUUAUUUUACCUAUUUCUUUGAGUCAGAGACAAUACACAUAAAUUGUGAAC